GCGUGCCGACACCGCCGACACCACCGCCACCCCCCGUCUCUCCGCCGCCCUUAAAGCCGCAAAAUGGCGGACACAAUGAGCCGGAAUUGCCGCCCCCGCCUCCUCCUUCUCGCAGCGUGAGUGGAAUCCGCCCGAGGGCAAAAUCGCUUCGCUCCUUCGCCGGCUCGGCUUUCUUUUCCCGCCUUUCCCGUCCCCCACUCCCCCGCCGCAGGCUUAGUCCUGCCCGACCGACUCCGCUUCACCUCUCAGCCUUGUCCGGCGCGCAGGCCCCGCUGGCUCCCUUUCCCCGUGACGGAGGCGGCGGAGGCGGCAUGAAGCUGACGGACAACGUGCUGCGGAGCUUCCGCGUGGCCAAGGUGUUCCGCGAGAACUCGGACAAGAUCAACUGCUUCGAUUUCAGCCCCAAUGGCGAGACCGUCAUCUCCAGCAGCGACGACGACUCCAUCGUGCUCUACGACUGCCAGGAGGGAAAGCCCAAGAGAACACUUUAUAGUAAAAAAUAUGGAGUUGAUCUCAUCAGAUACACUCAUGCUGCCAACACGGUUGUAUACAGUUCCAAUAAAAUAGAUGAUACUAUCAGAUACCUUUCUCUUCAUGACAAUAAAUACAUUAGAUACUUUCCGGGACAUAGCAAGAGAGUUGUUGCUUUAUCUAUGUCUCCAGUGGAUGAUACCUUUAUAUCUGGCUCACUUGAUAAGACUAUCAGACUUUGGGAUCUUCGGUCACCAAAUUGUCAGGGUCUGAUGCAUCCACAAGGAAAACCUGUAUGCUCAUUUGAUCCAGAGGGGCUGAUUUUUGCAGCUGGGGUCAAUUCCGAAAUGGUGAAACUUUAUGAUCUUCGCUCCUUUGAUAAGGGUCCAUUUGCUACCUUUAAUAUGCAAUAUGACCGAACCUGUGAGUGGACUGGCCUGAAGUUCAGCAAUGAUGGAAAACUUGUUCUUAUUUCAACUAAUGGAGGGAUCAUACGGCUCAUCGAUGCCUUUAAAGGAGCAGUUCUUCAUACAUUUACAGGAUAUAAUAAUAGCAAAGCUGUCACAUUGGAAGCUUCAUUCACUCCAGAUUCUCAGUUUAUAAUGAUUGGAUCAGAGGAUGGGAAGAUUCAUGUCUGGAACGGAGAGACUGGAAUGAAGGUAGCAGUGCUUGAUGGGAAACACACAGGACCCAUUACCUGUUUGCAAUUCAACCCCAAGUUUAUGACAUUUGCCAGUGCAUGCUCCAAUAUGGCCUUUUGGUUGCCAACUAUAGAUGACUAAUCUGAAUUCAUCACAUCCAGUGGACAGUUUCCAUACUGUAUUGAAAGCAAUGCAGUAUUUAUAAAGACAAUAGUGAAAGUAUUGGAAUUGGGUCAGUUGGAGAUGAAUAUUCCCAUCAAGCACAUUCUGCAUGUAUCUCCUUUUGUCAAGCUCUUUCCUGCAUCUCCUACAAAGGAUUUCUUCACGUGGCUAUACAGUUCCUGCUUUGAACAUAUCUUCCAACAUCAAAUUGAAGCAGAACUAUUACAGCUGAAAUCAAAUAGCAGCUUUGCUUUGGAGUACAUUCGGAAAGAAUUUUGCCAGUCCUUUGUCUUUGGAGCUGACUUGUAAACUCCUGGGAUUUUGGAUUUGGUUAAAAGUAUACUUUCUAACAUAUUCUGCCCCAUUUGAAAUAUCAGCAGUAACCAUGCUGUGUACUCUUGUGCUAUAUAGAUACCUUUGUGCCAUACACACACACACACACACAUUUAUACAGAGAGAUCAAUUGCUAGGGGGACAUUGUUAAAGAUGUUUAGCCUUAAGUGCUCCAACAGGUUCUGAAUCUUUAGGAAACCAUACUGAUCCUCUUUGUCAUGGGCAGCUUCUGACAUGAACAGAUAAUUGGGUGUUUGGGUAGAAUGCCAAGCAAUACAGAAGUCUCAGCUGGACUGGAUGGAAAUGCACUUCCUGUAUCUCUUCCUUCAGUGUAUCUUUGCAGAUUUUUAUAAAUAACAGGGAAAGGGAGGAGAAUGUGAAAGGGUCACUAUUGUUUUUUUACUAGCAGGUAUUAAAAAAUAGUAACAUUGGACCAACAUAGUAUUCUGGAAUGAGUGUUAGUGUACUUCUCUUUCUAGGAGCAUUCCAAGUUUCUAUUCUUCCAAGUACAAAUUUACAUUCCACUCUUCACAAUGCAAGUAGUACAACUCCUCCCUCUGCCUACACAGGGGAUCGCCAUUCAUUAAGCACUGAGAUAUUCUGUACGUGGAAAUUAGUCUUUUUCAUUAGUGGGUUGGAUGAAAUUGUAUAAUUACCAGCUGAUCUCAAUUUUUAUUUCUGCUGAUAAUUAUACAAUUUCAUCCAAGCCGGUUUUUAUUCCCUGCAGUAGAAUGAAGGGCCCCGUUUUAACUUUCUCUAAGCAUCCUUUCCAAGGCAGUAGAAAAUUUAAAUUCAUGUUUUUAACUUCCUAAGAUUUUAAUUUUAUAAUAUUGAUGCUGCAUUUCCUAUACAUGUUAAUGGUGGUGUAUCGGCUACCAUAAUCAUCUUCACCUGAUAACAAUCUGUAUACUUAAAAAACCGAAUUUCAUAGAAGCAUAAUUUCAAUGCUUCAUGCUCUCGUUUUCUUAAUAUUAAGAUGCUGCUGCCUUUUCCAUCCGUCAGAACAUUUGGAUAAUAUCAGCACUCUUCUUUAGUACAUUUGGCUUUGCUCAGAAGUGUUCAUAUUCUAUGGAGAUGUUUGCAUUAUUGGUAUUGUACUAAACCCUCCACGGAGUUGAGAGGCAUGAGUCAGCCUGAGCAAUAUAAUCAGGGAAGUUUGUUUUGGUGAAUAAAAGAAGGGAAUACCCUAGCUGACAUUAAGUUGACUGUUGGAUUCAUAUUUAAACUGGGUUUUGUGUUUCUGCUCAACAAUUUAUAUCCCACAGUAAGAUUUUUUCCUUAGUCAGCUAGCAUCUAAUAAUACAGAUAACUCCAGCUUAGGGAAUUACUGUAGAUACAUCAAUGUUCUACCUCUUGGCUUGUUCGUGAAAGAUUUUGCAGGCCAAUGAGCAGCAAUUUUGGGACACAGGGCAGGAUUGUUGUUCGCGGUGCCCUUUGCAACAAUUAAUUGCACAAUACACUAAAUUAUAUGUUCUUUUUUUAUGGCCAGUUUUUACUAGAUAUCAUUUAAUCAACUUUAGACCUGUUCGUAAUUUUAGCAUUUCUUCAGUAACGCAAAUCAAUAGAAAUGUCUUUUUAAGAAAUGAAUACACUUUUAAAUACACUGCCCUUGACCUAGAAUUGGUUUUCGUUUAACUGAGUAAAAGUUAAUUUUUUACUGGGAA